UGCGGGGCGGCGGGGGCGCGGCGGGCGCGGGGCAGGCGCGGGGGGCCGCGGGCGCGGGGCGGCGGCGGCGGGCGCGGGGCGGCGGGGCGGCGGGCGGCGGCCAACGCGCGGGAGCGGGACCGCACGCACAGCGUCAACACGGCCUUCGGCGCCCUCCGCAGGCUCAUCCCCACCCGCCCGGCCGACCGCCGCCUCUCCAAGGUGGAGACGCUGCGCCUGGCGUCCAGCUACAUCUCGCACCUGGCCAACGUGCUGCUGCUGCAGCAGCGCCGGCAGGACGAGGCGGCGGCCACCGAGCAGCCCUGCCCGCAACCCUGCCCGCAGCCCUGCCCGCAGCCCGCUCAGCCCCCGCAGCCCCCGCAGCCCUGCUCGACACCAGGCGCCUCCGCGCCUCGGUCCAUCUGCACCUUCUGCCUCAGCGACCAGCGGCAGCGGCACCGAGAAAGAGAGAAACCAUCAACUGGUCCUGCCGUAACCGGACUCUGAACAGGCUGAGGGUCUCUCACCGCUCCUGCUCUGACUGUACCACUGCUCUGGGUAACAUCGCCUCACUCAUGCUGCAUGUUUACGUUUAAAUAGCACAGUCCUAAAAGAGUUACUUUUUAAGCCUAUGCACUUUGUUUCAUACGGUGAGAGGUUUAUUCAGGGUGUUUUGCAAAUGAAAUUCAUUGCCUCUGUUAAGACGGUUGCACCUGGUGUGGCAGCUAUUUUAGCGCGAGAAAUGUUAAACCUCAGCAGCCAAGCCCUGAUCCUGAUGCCUCCUAAACCUGUGUCGCAUGAUGAAACUUGAACUUCCAAACACACAGUGUCCCCUGUCAGGGGAAGCUGUCAUGAACACGCCGUGCCCUCCGCCUCCAGCCCAGCCCGGGCUGCACGCAGCGCUGCCGCCCACUCCUCCAGCCGCACGCCAGUCCUUGGGGACAGGGGCUGAUGCCGACAGCUGACAUGCUUGAGAGGUCUCAACGAUGCUGGAAGAUUAUUUUGAGGUGGUCACACAAAGUCGGAAAACUUCCAGUGAAAGCAGCACCGUUGGCUGUGCACAGGCACAGCAGCCCAGCGGCACGGGACGUAGCCAGCACAGGAGAGGAAAGGGGAGAAGUGCAGUGUAAGCGAAGCUCUUUUCUUAUUAACAGUGCGAGUCAUGCCAGUCCUUUAAAUAGCACGGGAUACUCCUAAAUCUGUCUGGCAAGCACGGGGUAGGAGGGUUUCCCAAGGGCUUUUACCCAUCGCCCAGGUCGUUCCCAAAUUGUGUCUGUACAUCAUUGAGGUUGUUUAUCUCCCCUCAGUUUACUAACUUGCAUAUUUUUUUCAGAAGUAACUCUAAAAGGCAAAUAAGCAUGUUAUGUUUUCAGUUUUGGACAUUAGUGAAACAGCAGGCUAAAAUCUUAAACCCCAGUAAUGCUGGAUUCUAAGAAACACAGAGAUAGGUUAAUUUUGCAAUGUUUUUAUAGCUAUUUAUAAUAUAAUUAAUUAGGCUUUAAUUAAUCUUAACUUGUUACUUUGGGAGGCACUCUGUACUCUUUUAAAAGCUUGGUAAAAGCUUGGUAAAAGCUUGCUGUGCCGCUCUGAGAAGUGCUGCAAAGAAAACUUGUCUCCUUUUCCCUCCCCUGGUGCCCUCUGUGCAGUGCUCCUGCCUUGCUGCUUUAGCCAAACGUGAGGGCUGAACAAGCAGCCCUGUGUUGUUCACUUUCUUUUCUGUAGAGAGUUUUCUCUUCUUCCCCUACAUAAAUGCAAAGGAAAUUCUGGCAGUCAUUAUGAAGAACUUGGGAAGAGCAAGGUUGUGGUGUACUCCUCACACAACUUCAUGUAUUUAGUUUCCCUUCUCCCCUCCUCAAUGCACAGUGACCACCUUUUCUUUAGCACAACGAGGAAAAAUCUGCUGUACCUACAGAAAUGCAAUUAACUCGUCCUUUGAAUUCUAACAAAGAAAAACACCCAAGCAAAGUCCCACAUCACGUCAGUCUCUUCAGUUAUUAAAAGCUACAAGCUGUAUUUUCCUGGAUUGAAAGUUUUUUUGUUCUUAGAAGGUUUUUAUCAUCAAUCUUUUUUUAACAGGGAACUUUAAAUUGCUGCCAGAUUAUGGUCUUUGUUUGCUUUGGCACUGAUUCGUGAAGCUGGAACUCUUUACAGCUUCACACAAAGAGUUUUUUAAUUUUUGUGUUGUGUCGGCCUGCGUGUGUGGGUUUAGAGAUUUACAAACAUCUUCCUGGAUUUUUUUUUUAAUUAUUUGAAAACAUUUGUAUUUUAAAAAGUUGUUUGCUCUACAAUUAAAGCUGAUCUUGCAGUUAGGCCCUGCAUUCUCAUGAACUCAUUAAACCAAAGCAUCUGAUGUCUUUAUAGACAAUUAACACUAAUUUAUUCGUUUAGCUGUAUCAUUUCAUAUGAUACUCUAAAAUGCCAAAACACAAAGCAGUUCCAAACAAUUUUAGGAAAAUUUUGCAUUGAGUAUGCUCUGAAUUUUGAAAUUUGUAAGAAAGACAAUAAAAUUAUUUAUUUAUAUUUUAUUAGUUUUAAAGAGUUUUUAGUGUAGUUCUUGGCAAAUGAAGUAUAUUUGGAUUUAACAGGAUAUAUUUAUAUUUAGCUAUUAAAGGAAAUGAGUACAAAAUGUGAGGUCCAUUUUUGUACCAAAGUAUGAGCUGAAAACUCAUUACUCUCAUGAAUAAUUUCUACAAUCCUCUAGGAGUUUGGUGUUCUCCCUUUAAAUGUGAUUUUAUGUCCCUAGUUUUGUAAAGGGUUUAUGCAAAAUGCUUUUCAAUGACAAGAGCAGGAGCAGGCCCUUGCAACGUGGCCUUCUCCCCUGUUUAAAUGUGGCUCAGCGUAACAUUAAAUUCUUCUCUCUUUACUCAGGAUAAACUGUUGAAUUCAGCUGGGCUUGAAGAUUUUCUCAGGGUUUCAAUUACUAAAUAAUUCAGGAAUUUCAGUAACACUGAUUGAUCGUGGCAGAAAUUAGACCCCAGAGCACUGUGGCCCAAAUAUUUGUGGUAUAGACAGAUAAUAUCUAUCUAAUUAUAACAGUGAUUUCUCUGAGGAACAUUUAUAUAUACGUGUAACUCUAUGUAUUUAAAUGAGGAAAACUGGGGACAAAUCCUUAACUUUGCUGAAAUUUAUUUGUAAUGUAAAACUUCUCUAACCCCAGGAGCAAAAAAAAAAAAAAAGAUACAGGAUUGAGCUGUUACUCUGUAAUGGGUUUUCUAUAAAUCAAGGGAAAAAGAAUUUAAUUUCUGGAGACACAGAUGAAUUGAGGGCUCAGAUUGCAUGUAUAAAGAGCUCAUCAUCAUUAGGUGUUUUAUUGAGUUUUUACUGUAUGAGCUUGUGUGUCUUUUCAGUCCUAUUUUUUAAAUCAUGGUGCAGCGUUAUUCAUGGCAUGCACAAAUAUACAAGUCAAAAUCUUGAGAGUGUCUGAGAGCAAGUACCUUUCUUGAUGGUGAGGCAUUGGAAUGAUGUGAGUUCUUCCAGAGGUGCCAAACAGCCUCUUGUUCUGCAGAUACUGGGGUUCUGACUUCUUUGUGAGUGCAUUCUGUUUGAGUGUACGAACAGAGGCGUGCCUGAUGCCAAUCGCAGCUUUGUUUUCCUGUAAACACUUGGCUAUUCAAUUUACAUGAUUCAUGAAUAAAGCAGAAACUGUGAGAUAUACACCAUUUGGUCUCAGAUCCUAUUAAAUUAUAGUUAAAAUAAUCCAAGCAUAGUACUUUGUAUAAAUCAUUGUACUUAGCCUGCUACAUCACUGUAUAAAAACAGCACGAAGUAAAGUGAAUAAAUCAUGUUGUUUGAUUUUACUGGUUAAGUUUAAAGAAGCAUUUGAACAUAGUUCUUGGUUAUUUAUGAAUUAAUCAUAAUGUAAGUCAAAGUAGUUUCAUAUGUUGGCUUCUAUUUUCAUUUCUGUUCUACAAAACAGAAGUUUCCUUUCGUGGAAAAUCUGCUUCUUUACAAAAAUCUGUAUUUGUUUGCAAAAUGUGAUUAUAUUUGCUAAAAUAAACAGUAUUUUUGUUACUAAUUUAAACAAUAA